GUAGAAAAAUAUGGCGACAAGUGUUCUUCUUUCAAGCCCUCUGAGAUCUUCUUGGUGAAAAACAUCACAGACCACCUGUCAAUAUUUGGACCACACCCUCAAGGGCUCCGUAAUUUCAUAAUAUCAAAUUUUUCUAACUAAAAAACUCAGUUUUCGUACAAAUAAUCAAAAUGGCUUCAGUGGGAGAGCCUUUGAAUCUCAAACGAGAUGUUCAGCGUGCAAUAGAACUGCUCGAAAAACUUCAGAAGAGUGGCGAAGUACCUAGUACCAAGUUAGCAGCAUUACAGAAAGUAUUACAGAGUGAUUUUCUUAAUGCGGUGAGAGAAGUUUAUGAACAUGUUUAUGAUACAGUGGAUACACAGGGAUCACAAGAUGUUAGAGCUUCAGCCACUGCAAAGGCCACAGUAGCUGCAUUUGCUGCAAGUGAGGGUCAUGCUCAUCCUAGGGUGGUUGAGCUACCGAAAACAGAGGAAGGUCUUGGGUUCAACGUAAUGGGUGGAAAGGAGCAAAACUCACCAAUUUAUAUAUCAAGAAUUAUUCCUGGAGGUGUAGCCGAUAGACAUGGAGGAUUAAAACGCGGUGAUCAACUUCUAUCGGUCAAUGGUGUUUGUGUUGAAGGGGAAAAUCAUGAGAAAGCUGUGGAACUUCUAAAACAGGCCAUUAACUCGGUGAAACUUGUCGUUCGUUACACCCCAAGGGUCUUAGAAGAAAUGGAACUACGUUUUGACAAACAGAGAGCUGCACGUAGCAGACGUCAACAUGUCCAGUAAAUUAAGAAUCAGAAUCUUCUCCAUCUCAUUAUUCGCAUUUACUACGACAUAUUGUAUCACUACUUUCGUUCUCUCCCUCACAAUCUCUCACAUUUAGCAUAUUAUUCGUUACUCAUAACAUCAAUGUUGUUGCUCUGAGAUUAUUGGAAAUGUAUGUAGGUGUAAUUAUAAUAAAGUUAGAACAAAAUUUUAAGUUUA